GCCGAGUUGAUCUUACGGUUGCUGGCUGCUGUGGGCCGCGCGGUCUACGGACGGGCUGAGACGCGCGCUGCAAUGGCGACCUUUGUGAGCGAGCUAGAGGCGGCCAAGAAGAACUUGAGCGAGGCGCUGGGGGACAACGUGAAACAAUACUGGGCCAAUUUAAAGCUGUGGUUCAAGCAGAAGAUCAGCAAGGAAGAGUUCGACCUAGAAGCCCACAGGCUCCUCACACAGGACAAUGUCCAUUCUCAUAAUGAUUUCCUGCUGGCCAUCCUCACACGUUGCCAGAUUUUGGUUUCUACACCAGAGGGUGCUGGAUCUUUGCCCUGGACAGGGGGCUCUGCAGCCAAGCCUGGAAAACCCAAGGGCAAGAAAAAGCUUUCUUCUGUUCGUCAAAAAUUUGAUCAUAGAUUCCAGCCUCAGAACCCCCUCUCUGGCGCUCAGCAGUUUGUGGCAAAGGAUCCCCAGGAUGAUGAUGAUUUGAAACUCUGUUCACACACUAUGAUGCUCCCCACACGAGGUCAGCUUGAAGGGAGAAUGAUUGUCACUGCUUAUGAGCAUGGGCUGGACAACGUCACUGAGGAAGCUGUUUCUGCUGUUGUCUAUGCUGUGGAGAAUCACCUCAAAGAUAUACUGACAUCAGUUGUGUCAAGAAGGAAAGCUUACCGGGUCAGAGAUGGCCAUUUUAAAUAUGCUUUUGGUAGUAAUGUGACCCCACAACCAUACCUGAAGAAUAGUGUGGUGGCUUACAACAAUUUGGUUGAAGGCCCUCCAGCCUUUUCUGCUCCCUGUGCCAGUCAGAAUUCAGCUUCUCAACCACAUCCUGACGAUGCUGAACAGCAGGCCGCAUUCCUGUUGGCAUGUUCUGGGGACACUCUACCUGCAUCCUUGCCCCCAGUGAACAUGUAUGACCUUUUUGAAGCUCUGCAGGUACACAGGGAAGUCAUUCCUACACAUACUGUGUAUGCCCUUAACAUUGAAAGGAUCAUCAUGAAACUUUGGCACCCUAAUCAUGAAGAGCUACAACAAGACAAAGUCCACCGCCAGCGCUUGGCAGCGAAAGAAGGACUUUUGCUCUGCUAAAUUAGGAUAUGAAGAUUUGGGACAAUCACUAAAUUGGUUGCUGAAAACUGAAUGCUUUUGAGUCCACAUUUCAAAAUUGAAGUGUAUAAUGUAUGUAUAACCUUUCCUAUGGAAAUGUGACAUUGAGUGCAUUUUGUGUUGCUACUGUGAAGCCAUUAAUAUAUGUCUGAUUGAU